GUUUCUGAAACUAGUGUGUGUAUUUGUUGAAAGCAAAUCGAGAUAUUCACGUGACUCUCAUUUACAUCAGUAAAUUGGUUGUUCGGUGGGUUCAGCCCAAUUUUAAAAGACAUAAAAAAUUUAUUUAUUACAAAGAAAAUGGGAGCGUCAAUAAUACCACUGUUACUUUUUACGGCAUUAUGGGCUAUAGUAGGAAUUGUCUUACCAAUCUUUGUUCCAAGAAGUACUAAUCGUGGGAUCCUUCAGGUUAUGCUUAUGUUGACAGCAUUUACAUGUUGGUUAUUCUGGUUAUGUUGCUAUAUGGCUCAAAUGAAUCCUUUAAUCGGACCAAAAUUACCUAAAAAUACGAUUCUUAUGAUGGCACGAGAAUGGAGCCACGUCCAAUUUAAUCAAUAGUAGAAUAAUCAUAGGAGGAAAAUGCAUUUAUCAUGGGUAUAUCAAACUGUUUCUAAAAGUUUGUGUGUAAUUAGUGAAUUGCAUAAUUACUGCAAUGAAAGUGAAACAGAUUAGGCUUUUGUGUAUAUCGAAAGUUUUAAAAAUGUAAAUCAAGUAUUAAAGGAAACAUUCUGAUAAAUUAAAUUAAUAUAUAUAUAUAUAUUUUAUGACAAUUGUAUAUUUUCAUUUAGUAUAAAACAUUGUUUUAGUAUAAUCUCAUACUGUGAAAAGGACUAUGUAUAUUAUGUAACAGAGAUAAUAAUGAUAAUAAUAACAGCGCAACAAUAAUAAAACAAUUCAUGUUCGAAUGAAAUUCGUUACAUAUACUUGUUCAUUAUA